UGGAUUUCUAGUUUAUGAUAAAUAGGACUUUAAAACCCAGGGACGGGAGGGCGAGUGUUCAGGUUCUAGAGCAAUGCAGCUGGAGCACUGCCUUUCUCCCUCUAUCAUGCUCUCCAAGAAAUUUCUCAAUGUGAGCAGCAGCUACCCACAUUCAGGCGGAUCCGAGCUUGUCUUGCACGAUCAUCCCAUUAUCUCGACCACUGACAACCUGGAGAGAAGUUCACCUUUGAAAAAAAUUACCAGGGGGAUGACGAAUCAGUCAGAUACAGACAAUUUUCCUGACUCCAAGGACUCACCAGGGGACGUCCAGAGAAGUAAACUCUCUCCUGUCUUGGACGGGGUCUCUGAGCUUCGUCACAGUUUCGAUGGCUCUGCUGCAGAUCGCUACCUCCUCUCUCAGUCCAGCCAGCCACAGUCUGCGGCCACUGCUCCCAGUGCCAUGUUCCCGUACCCCGGCCAGCACGGACCGGCGCACCCCGCCUUCUCCAUCGGCAGCCCCAGCCGCUACAUGGCCCAUCACCCGGUCAUCACCAACGGAGCCUACAACAGCCUCCUGUCCAACUCCUCACCGCAGGGCUACCCCACGGCCGGCUACCCCUACCCACAGCAGUACGGCCACUCCUACCAAGGAGCCCCGUUCUACCAAUUCUCCUCCACGCAGCCGGGGCUGGUGCCGGGCAAAGCGCAGGUGUACCUGUGCAACAGGCCCCUCUGGCUGAAAUUUCACCGGCACCAAACGGAGAUGAUCAUCACCAAACAGGGAAGGCGCAUGUUUCCUUUUUUAAGUUUUAACAUUUCUGGUCUCGAUCCCACGGCUCAUUACAAUAUUUUUGUGGAUGUGAUUUUGGCGGAUCCCAAUCACUGGAGGUUUCAAGGAGGCAAAUGGGUUCCUUGCGGCAAAGCGGACACCAAUGUGCAAGGAAAUCGGGUUUAUAUGCACCCGGAUUCCCCCAACACUGGGGCUCACUGGAUGCGCCAAGAAAUCUCUUUUGGAAAAUUAAAACUAACGAAUAACAAAGGAGCUUCAAACAACAAUGGGCAGAUGGUGGUUUUACAGUCCUUGCACAAGUACCAGCCCCGCCUACAUGUGGUGGAAGUCAACGAGGACGGCACGGAAGACUCCAGCCAGCCCGGGCGCGUUCAGACCUUCACUUUCCCGGAGACUCAGUUCAUCGCCGUCACCGCCUACCAGAACACCGAUAUUACACAAUUGAAAAUAGAUCACAAUCCCUUUGCAAAAGGAUUUCGGGAUAACUAUGACACGAUCUACACAGGCUGUGACAUGGACCGCCUGACCCCUUCGCCCAACGACUCGCCUCGCUCACAAAUCGUGCCCGGUGCUCGCUACGCCAUGGCCGGCUCUUUCCUGCAAGACCAGUUUGUCAGCAACUACGCCAAGGCCCGCUUCCACCCGGGUGCAGGUGCGGGCCCCGGGCCGGGCACGGACCGCAGCGUGCCGCACACCAACGGGCUGCUGUCGCCUCAGCAGGCCGAGGACCCGGGCGCGCCGUCGCCACAGCGCUGGUUUGUGACGCCGGCCAACAACCGGCUGGACUUCGCGGCCUCGGCCUACGACACGGCCACGGACUUCGCAGGCAACGCGGCCACACUGCUCUCGUACGCCGCGGCGGGCGUGAAGGCGCUGCCGCUACAGGCCGCGGGCUGCACCGGCCGCCCGCUAGGCUACUACGCCGACCCGUCGGGCUGGGGCGCGCGCAGCCCCCCGCAGUACUGCGGUGCCAAGUCGGGCUCGGUGCUGCCCUGCUGGCCAAACAGCGCCGCGGCCGCCGCCCGCAUGGCCGGCGCCAACCCCUACCUGGGCGAGGAGGCCGAGGGCCUGGCCGCCGAGCGCUCGCCGCUGCCGCCCGGCGCGGCCGAGGACGCCAAGCCCAAGGACCUGUCCGACUCUAGCUGGAUCGAGACGCCCUCCUCCAUCAAGUCCAUCGACUCGAGCGACUCGGGGAUUUACGAGCAGGCCAAGAGGAGGCGAAUCUCGCCCGCCGACACGCCGGUGUCCGAGAGCUCGUCCCCGCUCAAGAGCGAGGUGUUGGCCCAGCGGGACUGCGAGAAGAACUGCGCCAAGGACAUAGGUGGCUACUACGGCUUCUAUUCGCACAGCUAGGCCGCUCCACCUCACCCGGGCCACUCGCCCCGCUGUGGCCUGGACACCCCUACCCUCUUUUCCCUUGUCCAGCCAGCCCCUUGCACUCGGCUCUUCCCCAGCCUCCUCCUCCCCACCCAGGUCCCACCUUGCGCUCCCCCAGGGUUUUCUUUGACCUUUGACGACCGUCUGCAGCAAAUAAGCGCAGGUUUCCCAGUGUGAUUUUAACCCCUUCCUUUGCACAGCAGUCUCUGCAAUUAGCGCACCGACCUCCAACUUUACAGUAAACGCCGUCGCGUUGGGUUUCCUAUCUGCCUGUCCUUCUGUGAGUUUAUGCCCCUCACAGCCCACCUCUCCCUCCCCACUUCCGUCUCUUUCUUGUCUUGAAACUCUUCACCUUUAGGAGACCUGGGCAGUCCUGGCAGGCAGCAGCGAUAACGACCCGCCACGCCUCGGCCUCCCCUAUAACCAGAGGACGUUGACUCUAGAACCUGGACCCACCCAGCGCGUCCUUUCUUAUCCCCGAGUGGAUGGAUGGAUGGAUGGAUGGUAGGGAUGUUAAUAAUUUCAGUGGAACAAAGCCUGUGAAAUGAUUGUACAUAGUGUUAAUUUAUUGUAACGAAUGGCUAGUUUUUCUCAUCGUCAAGGCACAACACCAGUUCAUGCUUAACCUUUUCUUUUUCCCUUUCUUCACUCUUCCUUUUCUCUCCUCAUUCUUUCUCUCUCCACUCUCUCUUUUCUGGUGAGAUAAAUUAACAAUAUUUUAAGAAGGUCUGGAAACACAAAAUACUUGAUAGUGAUGGGGUUCUCAAUUCUCCUCAAUUUGUUGCAUGAAAUAAAUUACUAUGCGCUCUAAUGUGCACAAACAGCUAAGGAGAAUCCAUACAAACACCUGUACAGGAUAGGUGUCUGUUCUUAGGCAAGUCGAUUAAGUGGCAUGAUGCCUGCAAAACGAAGUUAACUGGAGUUGUAUGCCUCCCUCCCCAACCCUCUCAAUAGAAUAGCUAGACAUCAGCAAUAUUAUUUUGCCUUAUUUGUUUUUCCCCAAAGUGCCAAAUCCAUUACUGGUCUGUGCAGGUGCCAAAUAUGCUGACAAACUGUUUCUGAAUAUCUUUUCAGUCCCCCCUCCACCUUUAUAUGCUGUAAAUCUUUGUAAUGAAUACUCUAUUAAUUAAUGAUAUAGAUGACUGAAUUGUUGGUAACUAUAGUGUAGUCUAGUGAAGAUAAAUUGUGUGAGUUGUAUAUUUUACUGCGUUUUAGUUUUGAAAAUGAUUUUUUUCCCCCACCACCUAGAAACAGCUGAAAUUUGGCUUCCUUGGGGUAACACUGGCAUUGAUGCAAGUAAGACUGAUUCCCCCCUCUAAGUCUUGUUAUAUUUAAUAAGGAGCAUUAAUCCCCCUGGAAAUAGAUUAGUAGGAUUUCUAAUGUUGUGUAGCAAACCUAUACUUUUUGUAUUUUAAAAUUAAUGUGAAAUAUGCAUCAUACACAAUAUUCAAUCUAGAUUCCAAUCCAUGGGGGGAUUUUUUUCCUAAUAGGAAUUCAGGGUCUAAAUGUGUGUAUAUUUUGGCUCUUCUGUAAAUCUAAUGUUGUGAUUUUUAUAUUUGUUUCGUUUUUGUCUGUGAACUGAAUAAUUUAUACAAGUACACACUCCAUUGAGAAACGUUUUGUUUUUUGCUCGUUUGUAUUGUCUGUGUAUAACAAGU